AUGUCUGAAGUAACUCUGGAAACUGAUCUUAAAAAAUUGGCAGAAAAUAAUAAUUUUUUGAAUGAUGUUGUCAUAUAUAAAUUUUAUAAUGAGCUAAAUACGAAUUAUGUGAAUUCUGAAAAAUAUGAUGCUUGUAUAAUUGCCAUACAAAAUAAUAUCAAUAAUAUUAGUAUUUCGAGUCGUAAAUAUUGUUGCAUUAUUGAUUCGAUAUUGAAAAAUAAAGAUAAUAUAUUAAAAUCCAUCGAAGAGGACAAAAUGAAGGACAAUUUUUGCUUAUAUUUGAACUACUGGGUUUUUGAUAAAUUUAAAGACCAAAAAAUUCGUUAUGAAAUUAUAAAAUACGUUUAUUCUGCGGAGGAUACAAUGAAUGAAUCAAACCUUAAUUCAAAUAGUAAAUGCUUGAACAAGACAUUUAAUGUAGAUGAAAAGUAUUUCAAAAAUAAGAAAAAGUUGUUUGAAUUUCUGGAAGCCUUUGAUAUCAUAAACAAAAAGCUGAAGGAAACUGGAAAUUCGAAAAAAAAUGAAUAUUGCAACUAUCUACAGUCUAUUUUUUCCUUAUACUAUGUUAUGAAACAGGAAAGUACAUGUAACAAUUCUUCAAUUUAUAAAGAAGAAAUAGAUAAAUUUGGGAUUACAAUUAAUGAUGAAGUUUUUAGCUUAAUAAAAGAAAAAUGUCCAGGUAGUAAUAUAGAAUUUUUAUACACAACAAAUAGAGACAAAGAAAUAUCCAACAGGCAAGAACCCGGUGUGUCUAGGCUUGAAAAUAAUGAUACACAUUUUACCAAAGAGAUGGUAAAUAUACCUAAAAUACUGUGAAUGCAGGAAGAAAUUCUAGGUAAGUUGUCUUCACAUAAGAAGUAUACCAAUUUAAACGAUGAAGAAGGUAUCGAUAAAUAUUGUAAUUAUUGUUUUAAUGUAUUAUCAUUAGAUAAGGAUUACCCUGGGGUUACGAAAUUUUGUAAAUUAUUGUCCAAAAAUUUAUCUAAUAUAAAGGACAAAAAUGAUCAUGAUGAGCGCUGUUCUUAUUUGGCCUAUUGGGCGCAUGGCAAUGUCGAAAAAAUAAUUGUAGUGCGAAAAUUUGGAAAGAAGAAAAAUAUUUGUACCAUUAUUUUAAGUAUUUUACCCGACAUUGAAGGUAAAAAAUGGAAAAUCCUGUGA